CUGCAAAAAAUCGGUUCAAUGAUGUCUCGCUUGCUUUCUGUCAAAAUACAAAAAAAAAGUUUGAGAGAAAAGUCCAAGUUCAACACAAAAAGAAAACGGCAGCGUUAGAAUUUUUGUGCAAAAAUUACGUGUAUCGGUGAAUAUUUUUUCGGUUUGUGAAGUGUACAACCAGUGUCCAUUGUUUGUUUGGAGAAUUGCAACGAAAUAUCGCGUUUGUGCUUGGGAAUCCAAGUGCUUCCGAAGCUGUUUGCAAAUUACGUGUUUGUCUCCCCUCUCGACAGUCGUCGUCGAUAAAAGUUUUCCCGUGUUGAUCUUCUGGCAAAGUUUUGUAAAAGCAGCGAAAGUGCGACGUCUCUUGCCAGAUCAGGAAUCGAAAGAAAGUUGUAGAAUCGAUAGAGCCGCUGGUGCGAUAGAGCAGGCAGAAAGCAAGUGCAAAUCGGUUGCUGCCGAGGCAUGGCAAAAGAUAACAACAAUAUCAACAUAGCGGACGAACUUUCCUCCAGUGGAAGCAGUGCGGCAGGUGCGGGGUCAUCCUCGGCCGAUGCACUGAAAGGAAACAGCAGAACCACGACAACGGAUCAACAAUCACAGCAGCAGCAACUGAGCUACGGCAGAGGAAGAACCAAUGGGGUGCUGGGAUCACACUCGGAUACGGCCAAUAGUGGUGACUUGCACCAGCAGCAGCAGCACACGUCGGGGUUAGGGUCUCAAAGAUCAGCCACUAGCAGUUCCAACGUUGGACCAGCGGACACGGAAACUGGAGCUAUUCCCGAGUUACCGCGCCGGGAGGAAAACCCAUUCUCGUUCAAACACUUUCUGAAGCGUGAUUCAUCACUGGGCUCGAGUGCGGCUUCGUCCAGCGGAAUUACGUCCAAUGGAUCCAACAUCAACCACAGUCGCAGCACUUCAAAUAUCAACGGUAAUAAUCACAUCGGCAGCUCUAGUUUUAACUCCUUGAACAAUAGCAACAAUCUGAUAAACAACAAUAUGGGCCCCGGUACCGGAACGGGAAUCUGCAGUAACGCGUCGGCAUCGCCAUCGAAAUCGGCCACGACCAGUUCCUUGCACAAUACCAGUACGACCGGGGCUAAACCGAAAAUCCCCCAGUUCCAAUCGGUGAACACGCUGAGCAGUGAGUCCAAGAUGAAGCGAUCUCCGCGGUUUCCGUCCUUCGAUUCGCAGUCCAGUUUGUCGGAUUUAGCCGAUGAUAAGUUUAUGGCGAAUAUCUACCACAGUCGGAGCAACAAUUCGUUCAAUUCGGAUUAUCCUCUGGGUGGUGGUGGAUCAACUUCCGGUAGUGGAUCACAAUACGUCCAACGUUCGUAUUCCAAUUAUGACAUGGAAAGUCCCGGUUCGGUGGACUCCCCGAGAUUGGCCGGGUCGCAGAAUUUGCACAAUUCGCCCAAUUUCGGCGGAAGAAGUCGCGAGAAUCUUUCCUCGACCCAUAGAUUGGGAGCUUCGGAAUUUUCGGCUGCUCUGCCGGAUUUUGUACAGGACCAUUUGGUCAUGGAACAGUGGUAUACCUUGGGUUCUCCAAAGUGUGUCUCACCGGUGUCCGUGGACUUCGACCAGCUACCGGAUUUCACCGUCAACAAUCUGGAUGCGGAAGUGGGCGGCCGCGGUCACGGUCCCAUUAUCAACGAUAUGCCAUUCGAUUUGACCUAUAACAGUUCAGCUCCGGCAGGAACCGGAAAUCCCACCUCCGGUGCUAAUCCCAAUGCAACGAACCGGAAUCGCACACCACUACGUAAUACUUCACCGAAUGUUCCUUUGGACCUACCGCCACAAAAUCUCGACUUCUCGUUCGAUCUUCCGAGAAGACGGGUCACCCCACCGCCGGAACUUCCUCCAGAUCUCACGGAGAACAACUCCACCGGGCCGCGGUCUGGGUUCUACUUUUCCGACAUGGAUCGGAACCAUUCACCUCCUCCUUCGGGAUCUGCCGCCGAUAAAAUCCAUCGCCUGCCGGAUUUCCUAUCCGACGGACCUAUCCACUCAUCCGGUCGGUUAGCGGACGUAACGCAGGAUACCCCACACUUCAACUCACCGGAUGCCGAAGCCAGCCACCAACAGCAGCGAUUGCAGCUGGAACGACAGGAAAACGAACGGCUGAGGCGCGAAAUCGAGGAUAACCGACGGAUUAUAACCGAGCAGGCCCGGCGGAUAAAGGAGCUGGAGAAAACGGUGGAAACGGCCAAGAGUAGUGCCACGUUGGCGCAGACGGUGGAGGGAUUCGAAGGAAAUUUAGACCAGAGCUAUCUGAGAGCAGCCACUGCCGAAACGCAAGUGAUAAAGCUAAGACAAAAGAUCAAGAGAUUGAAUUCGGAAAUCGAAUCCCUUCGGCAGGAGAACGACAUCCUGAAAGAGGAAGGUGCGGUAGGUGGAACUGGCGCGGGCGUCAGCGAUGGUGCAUGUGGAGGAGGUACUUCCAGUGGCGGUGGUGCUGGUGGUGUGCCAGGCAGCAGCAGGGGUUUCAGCGCGCGACAUAACCCACGGCGUUCGUUUUCACGCGCACAAGAGCUUUCCCACGAGCUGCGACAGGCCGCGGCUUCGGCCGAAAGUAAUCUAAGGCAACUGCUGACCGGUGUGGACAAUUUGCGGAUGAUGGCUAGUACGAUUGAAAACAUAGACCGCAUCGAUAUUACCCACUCGGACGACUUCCUCUCGGAUAGCGAUGACAACGAUCUGCUCGGACCGGCACUGUAAAACCAUAAAACUCCGCGCCACGGCAUCUAGGAUGGCACCAUCCAUGGCUUGUUUAUCUACGACCUCUACUAUCCCCGCCUCCUUCGGAUUCGUUUUAGUCAUUUUUAAAUUAUUAUUAUCCCUUGCAUCCCCUGUACUGAUCUGGCCAGAUGAGAAGAAAAAGGCGCCCCUUGCCGAACACGCUAAAUUCAAAUGACUUAUCCUGUGAUGUAUCGAGUUUUGUUUAGUUAUUGAUUUUUUUUACGAUUAUAAGAACGUCUGGAUGACGGUUGAAAAGGCGACAACUUGUGCAAGAACUUUUCUGCUAGAUUCAGGGCUAAUGGUGCUUUAUUUGCAAAGAGGAGUAACAAAUUGGAAAAGUUGUAAUUGGAAGACACUGUGUGUUGAACAAUUAACAAAUUGAGAUAUAAACUCUCAAAAAAAAAAAAUAGUGUUCCUGUGGGAUGCGAACCCCCGACUUCGUAUUCGCUAGACCGGCACUUUAAUCAACAAAGCCACAGAACAGGUUGAUAUUUUACGGAAUAGGAAGCCACACUGUUUGUGACUUCCACCGUCAGCGUAUCAGUAAGCCGCCCGAGUUCCAAUAGUCGCUGAUCAUUAUAAAAAUUAUGCAUAUGCGAUCUUUUCACACGGAUGGCAUGCAUAAUAGUGAAAAAAAGAGAAGAGUGAAAAAAAGAUUGUACCUACUUCUGCAGGUGAACUUCAUUUCUACGCUCGUGAGCGGCUAUUGGAAGACAAGCGCUACUGGUACACUUGAGGAUAGGAACUUUUUCCAUAAUCUACCCGUGGUACAAGAAAAAGACAGAUUUAUAAAGCACCGUUGACUCUGACGGACGCAAAAAGUCUCAUUAUUCUAAAAAUGUGCAGCUGCAUUCUAUACUUAUUUAUGAUAUUAGGGUGCAUAUGUUAGAACGGUUAGCAACAGAAAUGCCAACAGAGUGAAAAAAAAAAAUAGUUUUGCAAUAUGAUUGUGAGUCCAGUUUUGUUACAUAGCUAGAAAGUAUGGAACCAUAUGAAAAAGAUAAAACAAAAUAUUAGCUUGCUGAAAAACAAAUUAGGAAACGGAAUUAUCGCGCACAGCCAUAGGGAAAGCUAAAGGAACCUUAACCACUUCACCGGACGUCUUUCCAUUCGCAGUAGCACAUGCUCUAGUGAGAGGCCGGUCAGCAAGAAGGUGAUCUGAUAACAGUGAAAAGACUGACCGACUACUGACCGUUUAACAUUUGAAAACAGCGACAGUGGAAUUUGAAAAAUUUGAGCUUUGAAAUUUUACCGCAUAAAACAGAAACACACAAACAUGCAGACCACACUACAAAAAGUACGAUUGCCGUGAUGAAAAGGUAUAGAGUAUAGACAAAAGUGUGAAACACACCAUACCAACAGCAACAACAAGAACAACAUUUGCGCACCUCUCUAGAUGCAUUGCAUAUGUAUAACAGCAACAACUCAUAAAACUAUAUAGCUAUUAUAUUGUAAAUUAUGAUCGCCUACUCGUUGUCUAGGUUUUAUGCAAAAUAAGAGAACAUGUAAAAAGAAAAUCAAAGCUACUAAUAAUGAUCUUUGUCGAACAAAAGUGGA